AUGUCAAAGAUUGAGAACGCACAAUCAACGUUCACUGAUAGUAACAAUGAAUUGCGUCAAAGUAUUCAGAUUAUUGGAAGAGAAAAUAUUGGGGAAACAGCUAUGAAAGCUUCGAAACAUCAUCGAAUUAAGAAUUUGGCUACAUAUAAACAACAAUAUCUUGUUUACGAAAUAUUAUUUGAAACAUUAGAAGAUUAUAUUAUGAACGAAAUGGUUAAAAACUUCAAGGACUCGUCACCGUGGGAUUUAGUAUCAUUACCAUCGGUUAUUAAAUGUGCCAUUUAUCUCAUUUAUCCCAGUAUUGGUGACACAACAGCGGUGGAUUAUACGACAAAUUUACCAUUACACUUUUCAUGUUAUUUAACCACAAUAUUUCAGCCGAAACAAGGCAAUUUAUUAAAUACUCAACUAAAAACACUAUUGCCAUCAAAAAUCUUUCCAGAUGAAAACGAUGUGUAUCAUUUUACAUGUAAACAACGUCCAGUCGAAUCCUUACCUACAAACACAUUAGAUUUUUUGGAAAUUAAUGAACUGGAUGAACUCAAUUUCAUAGACUCAGUUAAUGUUAGGAAAAGCGACGAUAAAAAUGAAGUAUAUGUAUCAUUUCCGCUUAAUCGCGUUCGAGUUUUGUACAAGAACAAUAUUAAGCCUUCUGAAUCAAUGUUAAAGUUGUUGAUCGACACAAUCUCAAUGCAACUGUCCUUAGAUGAACAAGAUAGACCGGACAAAAAACAACUACAUCGAUGUAUAACAAUACGAUUAAGUGUUAUCGAUAUAUCAUCUAUACAAUCUCAAACGAAACCGCAAUGUAUUACAUUCUCCUGUAAGUGCUGAUCAAAUGUAAGUGCUUCGUGUUUGACUCUCUAUAUCUUCUAAGAACUGAUGACAUCUUUAAAAACUUAACAGAUCACGCAGGUUUUUUUUUCAAUGACGAUAGGCAUUUAACAAAUACAGUUAGAACUUAAAGUGUAUGAGGAAUUGCUACAAUAAUUUUGUCAGAUGUUUUAGGACUGAAUCACAGUUUUCAAUUUAAACUUAUUUUACCUGCUCUGUCGCAGUUAACAUUAAGGGACGUAUUGUUCAUCCAAGAACGUGUCGUACUAACGAAGGGAACCUCUCCAAAUGUCCCCUCGUUUUUAUAACGAAAUGUAGUAGGCUAUAGGUAAUCGAUGUUGAUUCGAAUAUCAACAUCCGACCGGCUGCUAGGCCUUCAAAGACCGGUUUUCUGAAAAACCAGUUUUCAGAAACUCUAAAAGAUAAUCCUUUUUUUAUAAGGCAUGAUUGUAGUCCGCAAAUUUCUGACUAAAAAAAAGCCAUCUCCCAGCUCUACACGUCCGUUGUCUGCAAAGUUAUAGAAUUUACCAGAUAAGUCCUAAAUGUUCCUUGUCAGCUCAAAGCUAAGUACAGAAAUAAGAAGAAAUUAAUUUAGGGCUUUUCUUUUAAAUUCUAUACUAUUGUAAAGACAGGUCAUAUAUAGCUGGGAGAUGUCUUAUUUUAAUCAGAAAUUUGCUGGCUACAAUCAUGCCUCAUUAAGAAAGAUUUUGCUUAUCUUUUAGAGUUUCUGAAAACUGGUGUUCCAGAAAACUGGCAUUUGAAGACCUGGCAGCCCGUCUGAUGUUGAUAUUCGGGAUCAGCACGGUCGAUUACCUAUAGUCCACUGAAAUCAGAAGUCAUUACAUCUACAAUGGAAAUGCUUCUUUUAUUCUUUCUUUUAUAUUUAUUGCAAUAAAGAAAAAGGAAUAAUAAAAGAUGUCACAUUGUUGCAAAGGAGGUACAUCGAAAAGCAUGAGGGCUUGUAACAACAACAAUAAAAGAAUAAAAAUUUUAAAACCAAUGCGGCUAUCAUGUUAAGAAUUUUAAUAAAAAAGUUUUAAUCAAAUAAUAAAAAUAAUAAAAAUAAAAAAUUAAACAAUUAAAACUAAAACAUUAAAAUUAUAAUUCGAUAUUUCGACC